AUGGAUGAGCUCACCAAACUGUUCAUUGAGGGCAAUCUUCGGAGUCUCAUGCACCACGACCAGCUCAUGGAGACUGUUCAUUCCUUCAAAUAUCACGUGAGCAAUGGGAGUGUCACAUAUGGUGGCUCAAAGCCUCCAUCAUGUGGCGAAACAGAUCUUCUUUCAGAAAGCUAUAAUCCCCAGACAAAUUGCCGUUGUGACAAAGAACCAUACUCGAAAGAUGGAUCCAUCACCAGUACUCAACUCUGUGGUGCUCACCAGGACAUGCUGGAUGCAAUGGAUCGAGUGAUUGAUCGCCAGGAAGAGUGGAAUAGUACCGAUCUUUUCACUGCCGAAAAGUUGAAGGGAGCUGUUACCGAACUGUUGUUCGCAAAUACGGAAAUAAAAUAUGCUUCAGACACAUGUCAAGGUGUCGGAACAGCGCAUCUGAUACCAGAAAUCGAAGCACCAGACCGGCGUCCAAACCCCGGCGUCGAUGGGAGCAAGUUUAUCUUCAAUCAAUUGUACCCCACGCCCGAGCAAAUCAAGAUAUGCGCCGACGCAAAGUACUACGGCGUUACUGCCUGUGGAGUCGGUCUCUGUGACGAGGGACUAGCAAGAGCUAUUGCAGACUCCUGCAACGAUGUUCUGAUUGGGGACUACUGCGAAGCGGCCGAUGCGAAGGAGUUAAGGCUCCUGCAGCAAACUGGCGCCGCCGCAAUAUCAUUUCUUAAGCUUUGCAAUAUGGCUGGCCGUGUUUCAGAUUGGCAAUUUGAGAAUCUUGUUUCGUAUAUGAUUCAAUGUCGCGUCCUAGGUUUCUUCCGAGAUCAUUCACGGGAUCGUCUUCCUAGUGGACUAUUCGGUAGUCGGAUGACAGGGCUUGCAGCUCAUCGCCAUAUAGAUAUUGCCGCAUAUCAUGGUGUUAUGACUGCAUCGAUAGCGACAGGGCAACAGAUGACGGAACAGGAAUUUAUGAAAGUUGUCGAGGCUUGUGUGUAUAUCAACGACUUUGUCGACUUUCGUGGCGACAAUAUGCGCAAGCAACGCGAAAAUCCGAUUCUGCGUGGGAUAGAGGGGAAUAUUUGCGCAUAUCUCGAUCGCAUGAUCGCAAAGUGUCUGGAUACAAUUAAUGAGGUCAUCGAGUCCUCGGAUGUUGGCGCUUUGGUGGCUAUGGGAUACUGCAACUGGGCUCUUCUGGGAUCUCACCACAAGGUUUACGAAUUGCUCCAUGGAGUAAAGAGAGUCCAGAGAUGGUCUCUAUGCGAAUAUGAGUCUCAAUCCAACACCUCUCGUUAUGAUCGGUUGUUGCGUGCCUUGCAACCAUACGGUACUCUCGGUAGUGAUGGCCCACAAGUCACUAAAAAGCGGAUUGAGAUGGACAAGAUGUAUAGUCUAUGUCGGUCAGACCCGAAGAUGAGCCUUGCAUGGCUUGCAGAUGCUACGAGAAGUUUACUAGACCCGUUUGUGUUGAGGCGAAUUGUGGAUGUGGUACAUUUUGAGUGGUGUGGGGAUAUUGGUGCUAAAGAUUAUUGUCCUUGA